AUGGUGAUGCUGGUCGAUCGAUACGCGCCCGAGGACGCGAACGCGCUGACGACGCCGACGAAAAAAUUGGAGGCGGUGCGAGCGUGGCUCGAACGCGGCGGCGCGCUGUGCGCGAGCGGACCGCCGGGAUGCGGGAAGGCGAGCGCGAUCAAGUGCGUGGCGAAAGAGUUUGGAUACGAAGUGAGCGAAUGGAAAGCGCCGACGCCGACGCUGUGGAGAGAACACGCGCACGCGAGAGGGAAUGAAAAUUAUGGGAUAGAGUACGCGAGCAAGGUGGACGAGUUCGCGGCGUACGUCGCGCGGGCGACCAAGUACGAACCGUUGUCGUUUUUAAAGCCCACGACGAGGGGCGGAAACGGCGCGCGCGGCGCGCGAAAUGGAAGUGCGAACGGGACGUCGACGGCGAAAGGAAAGUCGCGAGGCGUGGUGUUGAUGGUGCGAGACAUUCCGAGCAGCGACGAGAGCGGACGCGCGCGCGUGCUCGAGGCGAUUCGAACGUUAACCACGGCGCGGAACGGACCGCCGUGUGCGGUCGUGCUCACGGAAGAAGACGAUGGGGGUGGUGGCGGUGGAUCGAGCAGUCGAGGAGAGAUACUCGCCCGGGACGUGAGAGCGGUGAUGGAGCAAGCGGGGGCGACGUGUAUUAAUUUCAACGCCACGACGGCGGCGGCGAUGACAAAGACGUUGCUGCGCGUGCGCGAGGCUGAGGGAUUUGUCAUCCCGGAUUCGGAAAUCGACGCCAUCGUGCAAGCAUCACACGGUGAUUUGCGCAGCGCCCUGGGAGCGCUCGAGUUCUGGUGCAUGGGAAAGACAAAGCCAGAUGCGGCGAAAAAGCCGGCGAAAAAGGCGCCCAAGCGCAAGCGCGGCGAACCCAAGGAGGCGCCUUCGGAAGCGGCCGUCGCGCGCGCCAAGAUGAGCUCCCGCGAUCAAGGCCUGGGAUUAUUUCACGCCCUCGGCAAGUUUCUUUACAACAAACGCGAAACCACAGAGGUUAUGGAAAUUAAAGGCUUUGAAACCAUGGACGAAUCGUUGCGGCGACCGCCGGCUCGGUACGAUCCCGAGGAAGUCCUCUCGCGCUCUGGCAUAGGCGCCGAAACCGCGGUGGGUUUUCUGUUCGAAAACUUUCCAGAUUUCAUAGAUUCUAGAUGCAUAGAUUGGGUGGCGGCCGGAACGAGAUACUUAUCGGACGCCGCGAUAUUGGCUCGAGGAGGCGUUUCGACGUACGGCUUUCGUCGCGGACGCGAGGACGUGGGCGACGAAGGCGACGGCGCGAUCGACCCCAACGUCCUCGGCGAGUACGCCGCCGGUUCGGUGGCGACGCGUGGAGUUUUAUUCUCUUCCAAACGAUCCUCCGCGGGCUUUCUCCCCAUGCGUGGACCGAGCGCGAUGAAAAAUGAUCGCGCCGCGGCUUCGAACCGCGAGGAAGUCCGCGCCGUCGUCGCCGCCGCGCACGACGGCGACUUCUCCGUCGGCGGCACGACGACCGCCGCCGCGAUCGAGACCCUUCCCGCGUUGCGUUUGAUCUCCAGCGCUUCCUCUGCAGGCGCGGCUUUGGUUCCUUUCCUUCCCGCUCGUUGGCGUUCCGCUCGGGAGGACGACGCCGCGUUUCGCCGUCGCGUCGCCGCCCUCCCUCUUCCCGCCGCCGCGCCUCUUCCCGCCGCGCUCGCCUCGGGCGUCGCCUUGGCGAUCGAUCGCGGCGCCAAGGGUGCGCACGCGCCUCCGUUAACCCUGGACGACAUCGACGAUUUAGAGGACGACAUCGAGUCCGAUUCCGACCCCUGA